AUGUCGGAGGACACUACCGACACGGCAGAACUGAACGCGAUGCGCGACAAGUUCCUCGACGCCCUAAGACCUUGCGAAAUUAGCGGGUUUGUGCUCUUGGAAUUCUGGAACUCCUUCUCACCAGUCGACGUUGUUCUCGUGCAGGAAGGCAUGAUGGGCACGCCUUUCUGCGAAGUCAAACCUUCCUCUUGCGAGGAGGAGGACUUUGAGUCGCCUGAGAGCUCUAAUGGUGAAGAAGAAGAGCCCGUCGAAGUAGACGAGUCCGACGAAGUAGACGAGUCCGACAAAGCAGAAGAGUCCAACGCAGUAGAAGAGUCUGACGAAGCAGAAGAGUCCGACACAGCAUAUGAGGCCGACGACGAGGCAGAGGACGACUCCGAAGAGGGGGGACUCCGAAGAAGGCGACUCCGAAGAAGGCGACUCCGAAGAGGACGGCUUCGAAGAGGACGACUCCGCAGAGCUUCGAAGGUCUACGACACAAGCGGAACUCUUGUUGACGUCCGCCUCGAAUCACUCAACUUCUGUAGCCAGGACUCUGGAGUCGCCGAACCAAGCUAUCAGAUCUUCGGCCGGGACCUCGCGUACGUUCAGCCCGCCUCUCAUGCUCAAGGCGGCUCCGCAGCUCAGCCAUCCGUGACCAUGACAUUCACCACCAUGGAUCUCGCCGAAAUGCUACAAACCUGGCUCUUCACCAUACACAAGCGCCCGGACGGUGACACAGUCCGUCGGGUCAUCUUCGACAGAGUGCUCGGGCAGAUGCAACAGCGGUUUCUUGCUGGACGAACGCGAGCUGGCGACGACAAACAGAAACAGUCUGCUGCUAUCAAAAACACUGUCAACCGCGGGAGGCUGGAAGACUUUGAGUACAAGCUGAACAUUCGCCGGGGUCUGCUUGACUAUGAGCUCUGGGAUGCCAGUGAGCAGUACUGGGGUGUGAUCCAUCCGGACACGGCACGUGGAGACGGCUGGCAGCAGUGGGACGAAGCCGCUGAUCCCAACGCCAAUCCAGUCUAUCACGGUGCCUCGAUUGCAUCCAUCACGUCGCUGACGCUCAAGGCCGUCUCUGAUGCUAAGCAGGCGGGAUGCAACACUUGCGGCGUCUGCAUGGACGAGUUCAAAGACGGCGAAGUGCUUAUUGAGCUGCCCUGCGGACACGUCUUCUGCGACACAGGCUGCGUGGUCAACUGGCUCAAGAAGUCGAACGCCUGUCCAUUGUGUAAGGCCGAGUUGCCAGCAGAAGAGCCGAAGCACGGGCCAGAAUCAGAGUGUAACUGGUGCCACCAUAUCUUCGCGGAAGACGAGAUAGCCGUGCGGCUACCAUGUGGUUACAACUUCUGUGUUGGCCGAUGCUACGAGGAGUGGGUGAAGACGGCGCGGAUUUGCGCUGUAUGCCUUGCUGUUGGCGCCGAGACGGGAAUCUUCGUGGAGGCCUCCGUACAGGCUGGGGCUGAGAGGAGCGCCACCGAACAACACGCCGUAGAAGAUUGA